UCUUUUAACUGGUUUGAACUCCUUUAUCAAGAAUUACCUGGGAGAAUCCAUCAGAUAUUAAUAGAAUUGAAAAGUCCCUUUCCUAUAAAUACAUGUAUGCAAAUACCUUUAAAUUCGUACCGCGAGAGAAGUUUGACGCAUUUGGUCAGUAAAGUAAUCAUGCUAAUUAAAAUCACUUCUUUUUUAAUCCUCAAUACUGUUUUGGUAUUUGGGAUAAAUGUACCGGAUGAUACUCAUAACGAUUCCGUUAUAUGUAUGGACAAAACUUUGCUCAACUCCUGUACUAAGACGUGUGGGGAGAGUCAAUGCGACAUGGACAGCUUCUGUGGAGAGGAUAGGCGCUGUCUCUAUUGUUAUGAUGAAAUCUGUAAAUCAACGCCUAUUAAAUAUGGAUGUGAAAUUUCUUGUGCGAAAAGAUUCCCAGACAUGUACAAGGUUUAUUUUAGCCAUGCCAAAAAAGAAUGCAGACAAGACAAUACGUUUGACUCUGAAACACUCCUGACAUUACUAGUCGUUUCGGUUAUUGUCAACAUAGUUUUGGCAGCAGCUGGUCUGAUCUACUUUCUCUGCUGGAAUCGACUUUUGAACGUCGCUCGCUACAGUCGUGGUACAUGUAAAAAGAAGUCGCCAUCUUUGGUAGUCAACAACUCUAACAUGGAGAGCCAGACAGACGCCCUAGUGGUUACUGGACGCAGUUGAUUUGACACAAAAAUAUAGAUAAUAUCAUACAUGUACUUUUAAAAGAUCUGCCAGUUUUUAACAUUUGUUUUGGUGAACAAAUAUGUAUAGGAAUAAAUUAAUGAUUUUGGGGAAACAACAUAUUAAGUAAAAUGCCAGUUGAGAAUUUGUAUCAACAAUUGCAGACUUUUAGACGUGGAAAAAAAGAUGUUGUGACUUGAAAACCAUAGAAUAUAGACAAACUAGUUAAUGUUGUAACAGAUCCAAUUCCAUUAAAAAAAAACAUAACUCGCAACUGAAAACGUGUCUAUUGAUAUGAUAAAAACAGAAGAUAGAACCAACAAACGCUGAAAGCUCUUGUGACUAAGUACAUAUUCAAAAGAGGAUGAAGUAAAGAAUCUAAGUAAUUUGUUUAGAAUGUAGAUAUUUUUUAUCUACUUGCAGCAUACAUUUUCAGUGUGAAUUCAUUUAUGUGUCAUAUAUUAUAAUAUCAUUUGUAUGUGAUCUCAGACAAACGAAGUGUUUCAUUUAAUUUCAUAUUGGCAUUAAAUUAAACAAUUUUGAAAGUGAUGUAUAAAAGCUGUGAUGAUGUGAGGACGUGUACUUAAUUAAGAGAUUUUGUAUUUUUAUUGUUUUGUGAUGUAUAUUUAAAUGAACUUUGUAAGACUUGUUUUUAUUAAAAAAUAUUAAAUACA